AUGGCACAAAAGUUUUCAGAAAUACUUGUGAUAAGGUCAGAGUUCAACUUCUUUCAAAGUAUCGCGAACUUGGAACCUUUCGAUCUAUCAAGAUUAGAAGUUGUUAUUGAUGAUGUUUUGAAUUACAUUUUAAGAGUCAAGGAAAUAUUUGAAUAUCUAGAUGCUAUCCCAGAUGAUUUGAAGGUCAAUUUGGAUUGGUUGGCUGAAGGAAAGUCUAAAUAUUAUGACAUCUACAGAAACAUUGAUUCAAUAGAUUCUGUUGUGCUACAAUCCCUAAAUUUAUUAGAAACCAACUUAAAUAAAGAUUCAUCCAUUGUUGAUACAGGUAUAUUUGACAAACUUGAUAAGUUAAGUGAACUGAGUCUAGAUGUGAAACAAAAUCAUUUGUUAAAGUUCAAAACUAACGUUGAUGUAUCAACAGAAUAUCAUGAAAUUUUCAAUACCACAAUGAACUCAAUUAACAAUGAACUGGAAAAUUGCUUGAAAAAAUGUUUCAGGAUCCAUGAAAGAAGAUUUAGCUCUCCAGUUCGUCAUGCUCCAACAUUUAACCUUGAGAUGUUGACCAAAAAGCUUUUGCAACAGAAAUCAAACCUUCGCUUACCUCUAUUGAAUGAAGUUGAUAAUGAACUUUAUGAAGAGUUCUUGGAUUUAAAGAGUAUAGUGGAUCCUUUGAAAGCUAGCUUACACUUCAUACCUUUAAGAAUUGAAGAAUUUCACGAAAAGCACAAAGAAUUGGGAUCUUUGAACGUUGCCAAAAUCACAACAAAAUACAACUCAUUGAUUAAGGAGCUUGAUUUCUUACAAAAUGAAGUCAAUGAUUUGAAAUAUGAGCUAGUAGACAAAAGAUGGGAUGAAAUCUUCAGUUAUUUGAAUACAGAGAUGUCGUUCUUGAUAUCAAGUGUUGAAAAGGAAACAAAAAAACUGAAUCAUCUCAAAGACAAAGAAGAACAUGGUUCAAUCGAGACUCAAAUUCUUAAAAAGAUGAGAUAUACUUGUCAAAUCGUUGAAAGUACAUUCACGUUAGUCAACCAAGCAAUUGAUGAAAAAUUGAUUGACAUCACAGUUGUGGAAAAAACCAACCAGUUAGCUGAACGUUGGUUAAAUGCAAAAGGUUCAAUACCAGAAGAAUAUACCGUAUACAUUGACGGUGAUGAUCUUGUCUUUGAGGAGUUGAAGCAAUUCAAAACAUUAUCACUUGAUGAAGACAACUCAAAAAAGAUACAAUUUGAUGAAGAAUCUAACGAAACAAAAACACCUGUCAAGUUCAAAAGAAGAAGUAGAGCCGGUGAAUUCUUUAUGGGAAAAAUGAAUUUAAGACCAGUUUUGAUUGAAAAUGAUCCCACUUCUGUUAGAAAGCCUGCUGAUCCAAAUAAUGUCCCAAAGAACGUGCUGGGCGAGAGCCUAAGACAUAACCAGCUAGAGAACUCACCUUCUAAACCCAGAUUGAUGGGAAUCAAGCCUCAAGAUUUUAACAAAAUUCCAGAUUUGAAAACAUCAUUAUCAAAAUUGCCAAAUGAACACAUCUUAACUGCUGCUGAUAUUCCAAGCAACCCACCGGUCGUCAAGUCUGAUUUAUCUACAAUGAGCCCAAUUGUUGAGGCACAAACACCACUGAAUCAAAAAUACACUGCAUCGGGCUUCUCAAAUAGUGAUGAUGAUGUUUUUCAAACUCCAUCGGUUUCUAGCAAAAGAGCUUCAACUAUAAGCUCGUCAAGGUUACCAAUACCAACAAAGCUUAAAAACUCAAAUCCAAAUGCUUCGAAGAUACCAAGGCCAAGCUCUCGCUUAGGAACUUUAGAUAGGGAAUCUUCAGUUUCAAAAUUACAUUCAGAUGGUUCAUCAUCAGUGACACGGGCAAGACCAGCAAGUGCAUUAGCUUCCACAAGACAAAGUCAGUCUGAAAGACCACCGUCAAGAAUUGGCAGAAUGAACAAAAGACACUCAAUGAUCCCACAAACUCCAGUUAGAGUUCCUUCAAGAACUUCAGAAAGAUCAAUAUCAAGAACUUCAGAUAGAAAGUCAUUAUUGCCUCAGCCGACACCAAUAAAGGAGAUUAUUGAAAGAGGUGGCUCGCGUUUAAGUGACAGACGCCCCGGUUCAGAAUUUAGGAGUUCAAGGAUCCUGGAUAAACCAGCAAAACCAAUAUGGAGAUGA